AUGUGGAUAAUAACAACUAUUCGCAAAUUUGGGCUGGAGUACUGCGAUCUACCGACGUCGAUUUGGAACGUGGCUGUGAUGCUCAGAGUUAUUACCCUCAAUGUUGAUCCUCGGUAUACGAAAGGUAUUCCAGUCUUAUUCUACCUAAUAGCUCCAAUAUUUGUCAUCGGCUUCACUUAUGCGUACUGCUUCUCAACCCUCUGGUAUGUGUUCGUGAGAAGCAGGGAGACCAACGACAUGGUGGGCGCUAUGGUGGUGUUCUCCAUCUGUGUCUGCACUGAGAUCGGACCCAGUAAACUAUUCUUUUUAAUUUUGAACAGGAAGAAAAUUAAAACAUUAGUCGGAAAAUGCCUCGACCUCAACUCCCUCUUGACACCCGACAGCCGCUUUCAUCAGAAUAUAUUGAAACAAAUGAGAAUUGUGAAAAAAAGAUUAAUCUUCUUCGAAACACUGAUUGUAAUAAACGGAGUAGUUUAUGUUAUAAAACCAUUUGUGUUGCCUGGACGGACGCCUAUAAAUGAAAACUUUCCUUUCUACGGUCUUGAGCCCGUUCUGGAGACACCUUACUAUGAAAUCACAUACAUGAUUGGAGUAUUGUCAACUAUAUACGUGCUGUAUCUUACGACAAAUAUAACUGGAUUACUCAUAAUACUGACCGGUUAUACAGAAUCGCAAAUGAUCGGUCUAGGUAUGGAAUUUCAGGAACUCUGGAACGACGCUAACCGGCACUAUCACGAAAUAUCUUUAAUCGACAACUCUUCAAUAACAAUGAACAAUGAAAAUGCAAUUAAAAAUGAAUACAUUAAACGACAGUUACACAAUAUGAUUAAUAUACACACAGCGAAUAUAGAAAAUUUGCGGCAAACUGAGCUCGCAUUCAGGGGUGCUCUUGCAGCGGAGUUUGUUCUUCUAAUACUUAGUCUUAUAGCUGAACUGCUUGGUGGGUUGCAGAAUACAUAUCUACAGAUACCAUAUGGGUUUGCUUUGGUGGGAAUGGAUUGCCUCGCGGGUCAAAGAGUCUUGGAUGCAGGUGUCGCAUUCGAGAAGGCGGUCUACGAUAGUAAAUGGGAAAAUUUUAAUGCAGAAAAUAUGAAAAUGGUAUGGAUGAUCCUCUUAAAUUCUCAGAGACCUUUAAAUUUGUCGGCCGGAGGUCUGGCAAUGUUAAAUUUGGGUAUCUUGAUGACCUUCGCUCGGUCUGUAUAUUCUGCUUAUACAGCUUUCAGUUCUCAUGUCAGUCAUUGAGAUUUAUAAGCUCGUUUGAAGCUUAUAGCU